UUGCCGAUUAUGAUACAGUUAUUCGAUAAUGUCGAAUCAUUUUUCAAAAAUGACAUCGUCGUCGGAGUUUGUACAAAGCGAAACUGCUGAUACAUUUUCAUAAAAUGUGUCAUUAACGACAGUGUAACACUUUGUAUGACUCGUCAUACGGUUAGGAACUAAUAAAAAAAUACUGAGUACCUAAUGUACUUCUGAGCAAACUGAUGGCUUUCAGAGGAAGAGGAGGCGGUCCAUUCUAUGCAGGCGGGUAUGGGCCGCCCAAUAGACAAAUGCAGAUUUGCCAGCAACUAGGAAUAGCCUAUCCACCAGAUGGGGCCCAGGUCCAUGCCUACAUAAUGCAUGUGAAGCGGGAUGCUAGACGUUUUUUGAACGACAACUUUCUCAAUGAGGCCCUCCAACUUUACUCUCUGGCGUUGCUAGGAUGCGAGCUGUGUCCAACCAUGCCCACGGUCGUAGAGGAGAGACCCAAGCUGCUGUGUAAUCGGUCGCUCGUUUGUUUUAAGCUUCGUCGCUUUAAAGAUGCUGAGGAGGAUGCUAAGAUGACCGUUGCUGUGUGUCCUGCGUUUGUAAAGGGUUACUGGAGAGCCUCCCAGGCAGUGAAAGGGGGCCACAAUGGGGCACUGAAGGCCAUACCCUACCUCCUUGAAGGCUUGCGGCGAUGUCAAAUGGCAGGCAAUACAAAUGACCUGGUGGACUUUGUAGCAGAAAUAUGUGAACUGAUUCCUUCAGCACCAAGGAAUGAUACGAUGUUGUACAUGAUCCACAACAUCGGCAUUGGCAGAGACAUAUUACCGGUCGAUAUUUGGCAGAAAGUUGUCUGCCGGCUGGCCCAGAACCACAAGUGGGAAAGUCUUUCAAUACUAAUUUGUGGACGACAGAGUGGACCCUCGGAACCAUUGGAAGGCAUUGCCUGUGAGGUGAACUGCUCCGGCGUGAGUGUGGGGAACCUUCUAGCUGACCUUACCUACCCUACACUGAAGACAUGGGGCGAAGAUCUGGCAGUGGUGUUGAUUGUAUAUGGAGCAUCUAAAGAUGAAAUCGGCCUGAAGAACAAUAUGCCCACAAUGCACUAUUUGGUGAUUCUGGCACUAAAAUUAGAGAGUAUUCGUCUUCUGAUUGUGGUGGCAGAGGCGUAUGCAGGUGAGAGAAAACUGAACAUACAAAAUGUGGAAGGGAACACGGCAUUACAUGUGCUGGCCUUGUCAGAAAAGAUUGACACAGGAACAGGUCGUGAAAUCCUGAACAUCCUUCUUCAUGCGGGUUGCGAUGUGACCAUCCGUAACAACAAGAAUCAGACAGUCCUUGGAUUGCAUGAAGCCUACAGACUGGGCCUUCUCACGGCUGAAGCAGGCAAAUUGGAACAACUACGCAGUGAACUUGAACAGCUCAAGUCACAGGGAAAUGAAGCCUUGAAGUCUCGAGACUAUGUCCAGGCUCUAAAGUUCUAUGAUCAAGGACUUCUGAUAUCCCAGAAGUCUGAGCAGCUCUAUAAGGAGGCAGCCAUCUUGUACAGUAACCGUGCCAACGUGGUUUCACAUUGGGGAAGCACUGAGGACGCUCUCGCCAAUUCAAUUGCUGCAACUUCAUGUGAUAAAACGUACCCAAAGGGCUACUGGUGGAAUGGCAAGGUUCUGCAAGCACUGAACAACUUAGAUGAGAGCUUCGAUGUGUACAUGACCGGACAUAAACAGGUAUUAUUUCCGGACUGUCGUAGAUAUCCAAUCCUUGCCGAGCUCUUUCUGAAUACGGCAUUAUCGCCUGAAUAUUACCGAUCUGAGGCCUCUAUGGCAGAGCGCUACAAUCAGCUAACGGUGGUUGAUACAGAACUGUGGCCACUGGUGUUGGGCAAGCUGAGUGUGAAAGCAGACUGGAAGACCAUGGCCUACCUAAUACUGGGAGUCAACAUGGAGGACAACCAGCAAUAUGGGCAGUUUGUAACGGUGAAUGACAUGCCAAGCAUUUGCUCAGGCGUGGCUGCUGGGUAUCUCUUCAACGCCGAGGUCAAGGUCAGCACAGUGUUCGAAUUCCUGCGAAAAUGUGAUUGCAUCGCGUCAACUGUUUACUGGUUGGAUGCCACCUUGUUUGCUUUAUGUUACUACGGAAAAAUGACUGUCAUAAAUAGUUUGCGUGAAGAUGAAAAGGAUACUGUUCUGCACGCUGUUGUUCGAUUUGCAUUGAACACUGAGAGGAUGUCACUCCUGCAGGAGAUUCUUAGUCAGAACAUUCAGACUGAAGAAAGGAACGGUUUGGGUGACACGGUGUUUCACACUGUCGCCAAGUUCCGCCCUGUGCCCGACCCUCUGGUUUUGAAGAAGGUCCAUGAUCUUCUGAUGGAUAAAGGCUUUAAAGGCAAUUCAAUAAAUUCUGAGGGUAAACGCCCAGCAGAAUACAUGGACCCGUCCAGCUUUGAGCUUCAGCUCGACCUUUUACUCAACUCUGCUGGCCCUGAAAAGAAAAUAGCAGACAUCUAUUGUUUCAAACUGAAGGGCAACGACUUUUUUAAGGCUGGAAAUGCGAAUGCGGCCUUGGAUUGCUAUUCAAAUGCCAUUGUGCUUCUUGACUCCAUGCCACAAGGGGUUGCUGUGCAAAAGAUGGGCUUUCAUGAUAUAGCGGUACUCUUUGGAAACAGAACAGAGUGCUUUCUCAAGUUACGUUUGUACCCUCAAGCAUAUGACGAUGCCGCGAAAAGUGUCGCCAUUGAUGGAAACUGGUAUAAGGCCCAUAUCCGUGUCGGCAAAGCAUUGAAAGGCUUGAACGACUGGCGGAUGUCGGUGCAAGCGUUCUGCAAUGCUUAUUUUUGCCCAAUCUCGGAAGACAAGGUCAAGGUUGAUAUCCUGGUUCAGCUUGCACCUUUGCUACAAACCCUGCAUAUCCAUGGAAGACUGGAUAAGAUUCCCAUAGAUGAUGGCCACAUCUGGGCUCAGGCCUGCUACCACUGGCUGUCUCAGAAUGACUGGGACUCUGCAUCUGCUGCCUUCCACCAGUAUGACCAGUCCAAGUGUAAGCAGCCUCACCUGGCUCUCAGCUUGAAGCCUUGUUGCAAUAUCAGUAAACUCAAGGUGCAUAGCUGGUGUCUUGCUCUAAUGCAAUAUCUCCUAGACUGUGGGGCUGACAAGAAGACCAUCUCCGUGGAUGACGGAGACACCUACCUGCAUGCUGCUGUCAAAAUCUCACUUGUUGUCGGUAAGUCGAUGGAACUUCUGAAGUACCUUUUGAAGCGUUUCUGUCGCCCGGAUUACUCUGAUCAGCACAAUGUUGACCGGAGUGGCAACACGGUCCUUCAUACAGCCGCACAGCAGAGGAACGCAGGCAAAAAGAAAAGACAACAGGUGAUCGAGAUGCUGUUAAAGGCGAAAGUUGACGCGAGCGUACGUAAUCAGUCUGGUAAGGUGGCAUUGGAUUACCUUUCCUCAGGAGAACCCCAGAGCAAAGAGGUGCUGCGUUUAGCCAUGCACAACAGAGGGAAAAUUGCAAGCACAGUUGUAGACAAUGAAGAGACCAAGGGAGGUACCAAGGCAUCAAAGUCCGCUGAUGAGAAACAAUCCAAGAGUAAAUCUCGUCGCAAGGACCUCUGUGACCUCUGUGAAGAUCUGUAUCAGCAGGCUGCUGCUCUGCUUCAAGAAGAGAAGGUGAUUGAAGGUUUAGACAUACUGACACAGAUUCUAGCUGAACAACAUUCGAGUUCUCGUCACGAGGUCAUAGUAAACAAAACAGCCGCCAGCAUCGUUCUAGCCUUGUCUCAGAUUCAAAACCUGGAACACAUGAACAGCCUUCUGUGUAUCUCUAUGAACUACAUCAUCAAGAUCGUAGAAAAACUUGCCAAUGACUGUCUUUGGAAACAGCUCGACAUGUUGGUUAGGAAAUACAGGAAAAAGCACGGCAAAGAUAAGCUCAAAGAAUUUGCAACCAACAUGACUGUAGUUCAAGUCAUUAAUGAGCCGUCACUGGCCCAAAAUGAAGAUCUCAAGCUUCAGAUUGUGAUCAAUCUUCUCAACAGCAAUGCGUCAUUAGGGAGUGAUGGUGGACAUUUGGCCAUGAAGUAUGCUGUGGACGCUGAGCACUAUCGUGUUCUGUAUGAGCUUAUUAAGCGUGGGGCUGAUACACGUGCCUUGUCAGUGAGUCCCGGAGAUACGCCCAUACAUGCUGCUGCUCAAAUAGCCCUAGGAAAGGACAAAAGUCAUAUUAUACUGGAGCAUUUGCUUACACAGUACGACUCCAAACGUGAGGAGAAUGGACAUCUGGAUCCUGAACAGCUGGACAAAAAUGGGGACUGUCUUUUUCAUCUUGUAGCCAAGGUCAAGAGCAGCUCACAAGCUGUCAAGGUGACAGAGAUACUAUGCAAUCGUAGGAUUUCCGGCAACUACGUCAACAAGGAUGGAAAGCUACCGCAAGACUACAUCACGAAGCAAAAUGAUCGCCGCCUUCAGUUCCUUAGACUUGCCAAGUCUGUACAGCCCACGAACAAGCAAAUGUUUAACCGUAAGAAGACAGCAACAAAAAACAUUCCUCUGGUAGAAGACCUCAAUGAUUUUGGAAGACCUGCUGAUAGCGAGGCAAACAAACCUGCUGUUGCGAAACAUAUCACUAAAGUUAUCUCGACCAGGGAAAUGAGAAUAAAGAAAAUAAGCUCUCUAAUUCGUCUCUUACCGGAUAGCUCAAAUUCAGUAUUCAGCCCAGUAGAGGUUGUACAAGAAGUAGAUGUGAACGAUUUAACACAGGCAUCAGAUGUUACAGAUAAGGCAUCAUUGCCGAUCAAUCCACCAGAAAACAAGGUUAAAACAAAUGCAGCAGGAUUGGAUUCAGACUCAGAGAGUGAUGAAAGUUACAUGAGUGCAUCUGAAGUGCCUGAGGAGGCAUUUUGUGAUAUGGGAAAUGUUAUGGUUGAUGUGAAACCUGCAUCUGAUAAGCUCGUUGUCAUUGACAUAAUUGCUGUAAGUGAUGAGGAAGAACCGGGAAAGGAGGUUAUGUAUGAACUUGCUGUUGAUGGAUCUGAUGAUCAUACAAAUGCAAGUGUAAAACUCAAUUGUUUGGAAACCGCAAGCAACGCAUAUAAAGUUGACCUUCAGAUAAAUGUUGAGAAAUUUGACCAAUCGGUAACAAUGGGAAAAGUUAUGGAAAUAAACAAUAUUGAUCACAAAGACAUUAAAGACCUUGCAGACAUUCCCCCACAAUAUGCAGACGAUAUAGUUGAGAUUGUUGAAGACAAAGAAAGUGAUGAUGAUGCAGAUAAUGAGGAGACUUUUGAUGUAGAUGCACAGGUGUUUGACAACUUAGAAUGGGAGGUUGAAUGCACUGCUGAGGUGUGGAAGACACUGAGAGACAAACGUGUGUCGCUAGACCUGAAACGACGAAUAGUGCACAAAAUACAGCUACUCGCCAGCGGUGAUUGGCAGCCACAUCUCUGCAAAAAACUAGUCCAUGUGCUCCCAACUUUGAAUCUGUUUGAAGCAAAGUUUAACAAAGGCCAGCGUAUCAUCUGGGAGCUAGCAGUGGCAUUCUCUCCACGUCUUAGUGAGACGGCCGAACGCCGUCUCCAUUCGGAGGAAGGGGGCAUAAUUCAGCCUGUUCGUGGAGGGAAUAUUUAUUCUGAGAUUAUACGAGUCUGGGAUAUCGUCAUGGACCAUAAGAAGAUUUACAGAUCGGUUCAGAGGAUAAACAAGUCCCAUGAGCGGGGAGAGCAGUGCAUCAUUCAAAAGAACCUGCGAGGUAUGCGCGUUGAUGAGAUCACACAACCUGGGGUCGGCAAGCGCUACCCAUUGCUUUACGCAGAAAAUGACGUUACCAAAGAAGAAUUGGUACAUCACAAUCAGGUGAUUCAGAAAUACUUCCCGCCAGCGAGCUCCAACGAGAAUGAGUACCACAUUCUCAAGUUCUACUCGUUUUCGUCCGCUCUUGUAAGUCACGUUCUACAGAACAUUGAGACCAAGGUUGACUUUCCGUUCCGAGUGACAGACCUGGAGCAUGCCUUCAUCAACCUCAAGUCUAAGGCUCCCAUUUUGCUCCUCGGAAGAAGUGGAACUGGUAAGACAACCUGCUGCAUGUACCGACUGUGGAGUCAGUUCCAUACCUACUGGUCGAAGGCGAAAGAAGCUGGAGGUCCCAUUCUGCCUCGAUGUGUUGAGUUUGUGCAUCAGGCACCCAUUAAGGAAAAUAAUUCUAAUGACGAAGGAGAGAGCUCAGACAACUCUGAUGGCGGGAAGGAAGUUACUGGAGCCACUGGGGGACCUAUGCCAGACGCCCUUGUGUGUACCACGCCAGAAGAACCAUUUGAAGAGGCGGAAACUGUGUACGACCAUCUCCAUCAGAUGUUUAUAACGAAAAAUGCAGUUCUCUGCAGUGAGGUGCAGAAGAAUUUCCGCGAGUUAAGUCACGCAAACGACCUGAUUGCAAAUCACUUGCAACACGAGGAUGAAAAUCUACCGCCUCUCCUUCAGGACGUUAAAGAUUACGCAUUUCCAAUGUUUGUCACUUCCAGGCAAUUGUUGCUUAUGCUGGAUGCGUCCGUUGGUCCUCCUUUCUUCUUUGAACGGAAGGAAGACGGCAGUCUCAAGGUUGACAUCAGUGGUUGGACAGAUGCCGGAGGUCCACUCAGUAUUCUGUCACUUCUGCAUGAUGACUCUGAUGCUGAUGAAGAAAUGGACGAGUUUGAAGAUGCAGAAAAUGAAAUUGAGAUGGGAGAUAACUGGAAUAAUGUGAGCUCUGGCAAAGCAACAAAGGUUGACCCUAGAAGGGAAAUAACCUACACAGUGUUUGUUGAGGAAAUAUGGAGGCGCACAAAGAGGAACACGUCGUCAUAUCACCCAUCCUUAAUUUGGACAGAGAUCAUGUCAUUUAUCAAAGGUUCAUAUGAAGCGUUGUCAAAACCAAAAGGCCACUUGAACAAGGAAGAGUAUUUUGAGCUGGGAAGAAAGCGAGCACCAAACUUCUCCGGGGAAAGAGAUCUGAUCUACUCUUUCUUUCUCAAGUACGAACACUUCAGGAAGCAGCAUGCAUUGUUUGACGAGACCGAUCUUGUGCAUGAUGUGUUUCAACGUCUUCGACAACUGAAGUCUCGCCCAUGGGUGAUUCACCAGAUUUUCGUCGAUGAGACUCAGGAUUUCACACAGGCAGAACUUUGUCUGUUAAUACGAUUAUGCCAAAAUCCAAAUGAAAUGUUUCUCACAGGCGACACAGCACAGAGCAUCAUGCGAGGAAUAUCAUUUCGGUUCAGUGAUCUACGUUUACUGUUUUUCCACGCCAAACAAUCUAUGCAGGCCAUGGGAAAAACUUCAGCCGUUGAGGUCCCUAAACAGGUAUACCAACUCACGCAUAACUAUCGGUCUCACGCUGGCAUUCUCUCCCUGGCAACCAGUAUUCUGGAACUCAUGGUUGAAUUCUUUCCGGAUUCCUUCGACCGGCUGCGACCGGAUCAGGGUCUCUUCAAUGGCCCGAGGCCGAUUCUUCUGGAAUCAUGUAGUUUUGGGGACCUUGCUGUUCUGUUGAGGGGAAACAGGCGAAAAACAUCGCACAUUGAAUUUGGCGCACACCAAGCUAUUCUAGUGGUCAAUGAUGCAGCUCGAGAUUCCAUUCCGGAAGAGUUACAACUUGGUCUUAUUCUCACGAUCUAUGAAGCAAAAGGGCUUGAAUUUGAUGACGUACUUCUCUACAACUUUUUCAAAGACUCCCAGGCAUCAAAGGAAUGGCGUGUGGUCACGGAUUUCUUGGAUCGUUUGGUUAUGGAGCAAAACGAAUCAACGAAUGUUUCUAGUGGCAACCUGGUCACCAUAGACCAAGAAUUUUUGGAAUUAUCAACUCGCCCCCGACCACUCAAAUUUGACGCCAACCAACACAAAGUCCUGAAUUCAGAGUUGAAGCACUUGUAUACGGCGUUGACAAGAGCUCGUGUGAAUGUCUGGAUAUUUGAUGAGGACCGCGAAAACAGAGCGCCAAUGUUUGAGUAUUUCAAGGCGCGCAAACUGGUGAAGCAUUUGGAAGUGCAAGAAAUAAAUGAAACAAGUCUGUCAGAAACAGUUUUUGCCGAGAAAUCUACUCCUGCAGAUUGGUUGCGACGCGGCGAGGACUUCAUGCGCCACAAUUUGUACACAGUGGCAGCCAAGUGCUUUGGAAUGGGGAGAGAUCAUGAGAGAGAAAAGGUGGCUCUGGCUCAUGGACAGGCACUCCAGGCAUCAAGACUGAAAGAUAAGCCUCGUCAGAUGCGAGAUGAGUUUUUACAUGCGGCUGAGCUGUACCUGGAGUGUAACAAGCCUGCAAAGGCUGCACUGUGCUUGCAGAAUGCCAAGGAACGAGGGCUUGCAGCUGAACUCUUUGAAAAACUUGGGCAGUACGACAGAGCUGCAGACAUCUACAAGAAGAUGCAACUACCUCUGGACAGCAGCAGAUGUUAUGAACAGAACGGAAACUUUAACGAAGCUAUCAAAGUUCUGUGUGAUAAUGAAAACUUCGAUAUGGCCAUAGACACUUUACGAAGAUACAACAUCAAAACUAAAGAUCUGAAACAGAGAGGAUUGCUAAUCCCAAUAUCCCUGAUUGAAAAUCGACCUGAUGCUGCCUACACUGAGGAAAGGCUGAGUCAUAGGGCGGCUAAUUUGUACCAUAAGUACAAAAAAGAAAACAAGAUGAUGGAAGCUGUUGAGAAAUUUAAAGAUGCCAACGAUCGUGUCCAAUUUCUAAAAGACAGAAACUACAUUAACAACGCAGCAGAGAUAUUGGCUAACUCAGGAAAGAUUGAAGAAGCGGCCGAAAUGCUGUUCACUUAUGGAAAAAGAGAUGAAGCUGUUAUAAUGGCAAAGAAAACAGAAGAUGAAGCAGUGAUUGGCAAAUAUCUCCUCAUGAAGUGCAGAUCUCUUCUAUACGAUAAAGAAAAAUCAUCUACAGAACUUGGAGAAUCAAAUUUGAUAGUUAAAGAUGCAAUACUCGAAACAAUAGAAAUGUUUGAGGCUUGUAACGAUUUUGAUGGGCUAGGAGCUGCAUGGAUGUUGAAAUGGGUAUUGUCGAAGAAUACACAGUGUAUUGAACAGGCUAUACAGUCUUUCCGAAAGUCCAAACCCUUUGAAAACACAGCUGGCAUAGUUGAAUGCGCGCAUUUGCUUGUAAACACACAAAACCUGAGUCUUGAAAACUUGGAAUUAUGUAUAAAAAGUAUACACGAUUUGUUUAACGUGUGUCAUGCUCUGCUGUUUCCAAACUCAACUCAAAAUUUUGACAGACUUAAGAAGUUUGACAGUUUUUAUGGCUUCAAACUUUGCAGUGGUGAGAAAUUUGCUGUACAUCCAAAGGAAAGACCACCUUGUCUUGACAUUAUUCAAGAUCUCAUUUUUUCGAAAAUUGAGAAAAAAAAGCAAGUUAUAGAAGUCUCAAAAAAAGAAGUUCGUACUAUUUUAGCUGUUGUCCUUCUUAAAAGAAUUCCGCAAUGGCUUGAACCAAUUUUUUUGCGCAUUCAGGUUCUUAGGGAGGAAUCAAUGCUUUGUGAUUGGUUCAGAUUCGAUAUGCCUUGUACUCUUGGAAUGAAAUGUAGAAAGCUUCAUCGCCUGCAAACAAAAGACGAUUUUAGCAUGUUGAUAAAACUGGACGUUUUGUGCAUAGAAUGUGAAAGCCAUGUCCAAAGUGGAGCUUCAAGCUUGAUUGAAAAGAAGUGUCCAGCUGCAGUGACAUCAAUUGUAGAAGUGUUUGUUACAAAUAAGGUGGACAAUCUCUACGAAAAGUAUAAAGGCUGCUUCUUUCUCUGGAAUGAUCUUAUGCCAGUCGAUGGACAUCCAAAUCUUAUUGGGAAUGAUAGUAAAAAGCUGACGGAAUACAUUUCAGGAAAUAAGGUUAGAAAGCAACUGAAAGAGUUCUUACAAGGGCAAUGGAAACACGCAUUAGCUUGUGACAAAGGUAUGCUGCUCAAUAGCCAGGCUGUUAAAGAAUCGGAAGUUUUCAUGCGCAUUGAGUUUGGCUACUAUCUUUUCCGAUUUACAACUGGUAAACACCAGUUUGAAACAUCACCUUCAUCAAAAAUGAGACAACUGGAAUUUCAGCUGGAUUACGAAAUAAUAAAGGAAGGAAGACGCUUCAACCAAACGCAUUACACACUCAUGGUUUCGCCGGACAACAAUACCAUGAAUGUCGAGUGUACCGCACGAAGGUUUAUCGAUUCAUUUGAUGAACUUUUGAAGGGAGAUGUGCGGGAAUCUGUUGAAAAAUUCACGAAAUUCAUUAUUCUUUCUAGCAAAAAAGAUGUUGCCGUUCUUGAACCGUGGGUGUUCAUGAUGUGGUUGGAGUUCUUCUCUUCGUUGGCUUCCCUUAUUAUUGCGAAAUUGAAGGGUCAGAAUUUUGCAGAUUUCCUAUGUGUUCUUCCAAACAACUAUUUGAAGCCUCAUGUUUUUUGUGGAGUCAACCAUUCCGUCUGGCCUCAAAUAAUUGAAGCAAUUCAGAGGUUUCAAACAAGCUACAAAAAUAUACCAAACAUGAUUUCAAGAAUGCAAGAACGUUUAAAAUGUAUGGCAUUUGCUGUUGCAGGAUUUUGUGAUCAUUUACCGUUGAUGGAAACUUUAUUGAAGAAAAGUGUAGAUGAUCCCAUGAUGUUUGGUUGCAUUGAAAGACUUUUGAUUCUGACAAUGACUCUGGUUUGUAACAUUGGCAAAACUGUUGAAAUAGUUAAUGAACAGUCGUUAAUGAAUAUGAUGACCAAAAUUAAAUUAGAAGACAAUGCACCAUUGCGCCUCAGAAGAACACUGCAGCGUUUGCAGAAUGCUACAGGAAUAGCAGAUGUUGCUAAUGUACUAAUGGAUUUGUUGAAUAAUCGACAAAGAUCAGAGCAAUUACUGCUAUGCUCAUGGAAAACAGAAAAUAAAAUUCUCAUUCUUGCAAAAAGUGCCCUUAAGACUUCAGCCGAAAUUAGUGGAAUGUUCGAUAACCAGUUCUUCAAUGCUGACAAAACAUUGAAAGCAAUGAAACAAAACAAAGAAGGCUGUUUUAACGUUAAUGAAGACAAUGUCGUAGAAACGGACUAUCAACAGGAAACUGACGUAGAGGAUUAUCAGACUAAAGAGGAAAUUGAAAAAAGUCAAAGGGAAAAACAAGAACAGCAACUACGAGACACGAAGGAGCGGGCUGUCACGACUAUUUCGCGUUGGUAUAGAAAGAUACGCGAUAAGAGGCAUGCCAAAAAAGAUACAGACACCUCAUUUGAUUCAAGUUUUGCUGGAAUAAAAGUUGACAAUAAGUCCUGUGGUAUAUGCGGUGUUUAUUUCGAACAAUUGGUCACAAGUAUACAUGACGGUAAAUCAAAAGAAAAUGCGAUGCAUUCUGUUAAACAUAUGCGUAAGCGUAAUGAUAUCACAUCUGAAAUGAUGUUGCAAGUACGUAAUGAACACAUGGCUACCAAAGACCAUCAACGGAACUCCAUAGAAUUAAGAAAUUUCAAGAAAACUUAUCAGGAAUCCAUUGAACCGAAACUAAAAGAGAUAAAAACGUUCCUAUAUGAUUCGGGGUUCAGACUAGUUGACCAGUCGUAUGUAGAGAAACAUUAUGCACAACAUCAGAUGGACAUACAAAGACUUCCAACGCUUGUAGCCCAAAUAGAGAAAGAACUUCAAGUCAAGAUCAACAGCAGAUUGUGGAAGCAUGAGGGUUUAGUUGACAUGAAAUUAAAAGAGUUGGACAAUAAUUUCCGAACUGUAAAACCGUACAUUGAGCUGAUUCAGGAUAAACUUAGACAGGAAAAUGAAGAGAAGGCUAAACAAGCUGCUGCUUCGAAAAUUCAAAGAACUGAAAAGUGUGAGGAUGAAACAGAGGAUAUACAAGAAGUCGUUGAAGAACCUAAAAUGGAACCUAGAAAAGGUCGAGCAAACAAGAAAUCAAAGAGGAAGCGUUAGCCGAUGUUUUUUGAUUUGCAUCGAAACUACAUGGUUAUGUUAAACUCUUGACCGUAAAAAUAUGUUCAUGUAUGUAAGCUAUAUUUGUGUUCUUUCAUAAAUAAUUUGAUAUACUAUCCAAAGUGACCGGUGUGUUUUAUGUGUACAUAGUAAUCGAAUAUUAUUUUUGAAUUAUUUUGUAUGUAAGCACGUCAAUGUAAAAUGUGUUUUAUUUCGUAAAUAUUUACAUGUGACUUGACUUGUCCGUCAGUACGUACGUCCCGAAGCUUGUGUUUUGCACCUCCUGUUUAAAACCUGGGUAAAUAUCGCUCAAAUUUUGACUUUAACGAGCUUAAUAUUCAUAUGAUUAGUAAAAAAUCAAUAUUGGCAGAAUAAUGGCCCUUUGCCUGUUUGUCGUGUCCCAAAACUUUCCUUUUCAAAUCUUUUUUAACUAUUUGGUUUACAGUUGGAUGUGUAGACGGUUUUAAAGAAAAUAAUUUAUGGUGUUACGUUUUUUUGCAGAGUUAUGGCCUUUCGUGUGUUUAUCAUGAGAGAAUAUAUAGUUUCUUAAAACACUUAUCUACUUGCUUUAAUUACUGGGUGAAUAUCUCAGCGUUGAAUGACCUGAAUGUGCAGGUAAUCGUAAAGAAAGGAAUUUCGGCGGCGACUAUAUCGGCAGAAUAAUUGCCCUUUGUCUGUAUGUCCACAUGGGAAAAUAUAGUCCGGCAAAUGCGUCUUUUUCAGCGCCUAACUAAAUUGCCAAUAGCUAAAACUGUUACAUAUGAUCAAUGUGAAGAUGAUUUUUUGAAAUUGUAUGGCCCUUUUGUGUUUUCCCCUGUAGAAUGUACAGUAAAUUGUUCUUUGUCGUAAUAUGUGUUCGGGGGCAUUAGUGCCUGUGACACAUAUAUAGUUUAAAACAAAUGAUAAUGUUUUAUUAAACAUGUCCUCCAUAUCGUAAGCUAUGUUUACACAAUUAACUACCGUUACUAUGUGACGUCAAAGUCGGUAAUGUUGCUCAGUUUACACAUUAAGUUACCUUUAAUUUGCGACUUCUUAAUCAGUUAUAUUGCUUUGAUUACACAUUGAACUACGGUUAUUAUUUUGACUGACGUCUUGAUAUGUUAUGGUGCGCUGCUUACACGUUCAAUGUCCAUUACUAUGUGAUUUCCUAACACGUAAUGUUUCUAUGUUAACACAUGGAAUACCGUUAAUAUGUGACAUCUUAUAUUUAAUGUUACUGUUAAUACAUUGGGCAACUGCUAAUAUGUGACUACUUAAUAUUUUAAACUGUUCUGUUAACAUUUUGAACUUCCGUUACUAUGUGACUUUUGUAUCUUAUGUCGCCCUGUUUACACAUUUAAAUACAUUACUAUGUGAUUUAAUUUUUUGGAUGCUUCUACGCGUUCACUUUGGGAGAGUUAGUAUGAUCAUGGGUAAAAUUUACACAUAUUCUCUCCACAAAAUAUACAUGUGCCUUACAAUAAUAAUGAUCUCUGCUGUUAAGUAUUACUACUAUUGCAAAGGGGUCUGCCAACUUCACAACGAUUUUCCUGGCUUUUAUCUUUAUACACGAAUAUAUACAAAAUAACAUUACGAUGAAAUAUGGAUACUUUAAGCGAUCUAAAUCGGUUGCAGCGUACAUUGCACAGUAUAUUUUCUUUAUCUCAUUAAACUGUUGCAAAACGUGAACGAAAAAAACGAAUUAAAAUAUCAGAAAUAAUCGGAUAUGGCACUAAUGAAAUUCACUGAGUGUCGUGGAAAUGUUUUCGAACUAUAACAUGUGACGUUUUGUAUUUUUAAUUUUACCAUGUUUUCACAUUAACGUGAGUAUAUUUCUGUGAUAUUGCUUGUCUUGUUGUAUAUAAAUGUAUGCAUAGUGUUCGUAUGGUCAAGGACACAACAUUUAGCUCAAACAUUCCACGACGUAUGUGUCUUAUGAUAUUUUUUGUUGUUAAUUAUUACUGAUGUUGCAUUUGGAUCUGUCGAAUUGAAAAAUUACGUCAGUUUUUCUGUUUUUAAGCUAAUCAGAGUAGUGUGGUGUGAGUCGUAUUUCUCCCACUUUCUGCAAAGUACUGCUGCAAAAUCUUUAUCAAAAACUAAUUGCAUGAACAUAUUUUGAUUUGCUUUUAAGCACUCGAGGCGUGUCUAUAAAGAUAACAUGUUUGUAUAAAACUUGUGUCAUAAACACUUCAAUGUGGACAGUUUCAUUGUAAUAAAUAGAAGACCAACGUUUGUUAGUACGCUCUGGAUUAGGUCUUGAAACCUGUUAACUUUAUUAUACGGUUAUAAAUAAUGUGUGCACUUAGGGGAACUUGACUUAAUUUUUGAUUGCUUUUUUCUUGUUUGGUUUCUUCAUCAACUAACAAUUUUGCGUAAUAAUAGUACAUGUAUUUAGUUUAUUGUUACCUACUACAACACAAAAUUAACAAUCUUGAUGAUAAACUUUUUUUCAUUUUGUUAACCAGGUUUUCCGAAGGAAAAAACUGUUUAUUAGAUUGGCGAAUGUCGGCGGGCGCGAGGGCGGGCAGUAUGGCGGGCGGGCGGAAGAAGCUUGACCGGGCCAUAACUUUGUCGUUCAUUGUGAGAUUUUAAAAUCAUUUGGCACAUUUGUUUGCCAUCAUUAGACGGCGUGUCGCGCGAAAGAAUUACUUCAAUAUCUCUAUGGUCAAGGUCACACUUUGAGUUCAAAGGUCAAAAUUGCCAAAAUGAGCUUGCCCGGGCCAUAACUAUGUCAUUCAUUGUGAGAUUUUAAAAUCAUUUGGCACAUUUGUUCACCAUCAUGGGAUGGUGUGUCGCACAAAAUAAUCACGUCAAUAUCUACAAGGUCAAGGGCGCCACGACUAAAAAUAGAUUUAUUUUGAAACAAAGGUGGUUAAUUUCGUUUGUUCAGUUCAAAAGUUCAGUUUGAGUUGUCUCUCUUUAUCAGAAUGUUUUUCUCAAUGAAAACCUGGUUUUGUGACAAUUUUGUCCCUUGUUCUGCGUUGGUUAAAGUUGCAUUUAGUUGACAUAUAAAUGUACUAUAUAUGUCUUGAACAGGGAUUCCUUUGGAAAUGCUAUGUUCUAUGGUGCAUGAAUUCUGUUUCAUUAAACAUAAAAGCAA